AUGGCGAUCAACGACGACAGGAAGCGGCCUGCCGCUCUCAACCUUCAACCCGUGCGGUCGUCAUCCACGGAUUCUUCCUCCUCCACGUCAUCAAUAGGCAAGCCGCCAAGGACGCCACGAUUUGCCGAGGCGACCAGCAUCCACUCUCCCGUCGAGUCGACAGGCAACGGGUUUGGAGACAGGAAUGUGGUCCCCCAGUCACAGCCGGGCGAUAUUGGGUUUGGGUACAUCAGCAACAACAGGGAAUCCGCAGCCGUACCGAUGAGCCCAAGGUCACCGCUCAAGAGUGCCAUGAAGGCACCCGGAACUCCAGGCCGGGGUCUGAACCCCCUCAGCCCUACCUUUAGGGAAGAGCAGAUGCUGGAGAAGAGGGAGGAGUCGACGGAGAAGGAGCAAGCCAAGGACCUUAAAAUCAAGACCCGCGUACGGCUUGCAAAGGUGGCACUGCGGAGCGUCAACUUCAGCUGCAGUCUGAUUGUGAUGGCCAUGCUCGGAACCUCAUUCGCCAUCUUCAACGCCACCAAGGCGCUCCCAGCCCAGAACAACCUACCAGCCUGGGCAACGGGCACCAGCAUCUGGCCGCAAUGCCUCGUACUCGCAGCAUCGUGCUUGUCUCUGCUUAUCUGCAUCCUCGUCUUUGUUGGAUACUGCCGUGGUGGCCACAGGAGGGCCGAGAAGGUCGGGGUCUACUACACGCUCUUCGCCGUUGGUUGGUUCAUCGUGAGCAUGAUCAUGUGGGUCCUCGCCAUUGCCGUCCUGCAGAACUCGAGGAACAACAGCAACAACAAGGACAUGUGGGGAUGGUCGUGCGUCAAGAACACCCGGUCGCAGCUUUUCUCCAACCAGGUCGACUACGCGCUCGUUUGCAGGCUUCAGAACUGGUCUCUCAUCUGCAUGAUCAUCGAAGUCGUCAUCGAGGUCAUCUCCAUCACCCUGUACUCGGUCGUCUUCUACCGUUACCACACCAAGAGAAAGCUCAUGAAGUCCAUGGACAUGCGCGACAAGGCCCGCUCCGACCUCUACCUCGCACAGCUCCGGUCCCAGUCCGCCCCCAACACCCCGGGCUUCGGACCCAAGUCUCCCGGCUUCGCCUCCGUUUACGGGCCCAAGUCACCGGGCAUGUACUCCCAGCACACCAUGUCCCCACGCCUCCCACCCUCGGCCGCCUUCCGCUCCCUUGGCGACAUCGAGGAGGGGAACCCAUUCACACCCGGCGGAAAGCACAUCCCCGAGCCGGCAAGCACAUUCGCCCCGCAGGCCGACAAGCCCUUCAAGCUCCAGGCACCUCCUGUGAAGGCACCCAGUGCCACCCCCAAGACCAGUGCUAAGGAGUCAUUCUCGCCGGUUGAGGGCCCCAGCCCCACCUCAUGGCCAAGCUCGUCGACACCGCCACCGAAUGUACCCUCGAUCACCGUCAACGAGCACGGCCAUGGGCCUGCGUCGGCGGACGAGCCCGUGUAUGAGAGCGUGCCGAUUCCCGGUGCGUAUGCCGGCCAGGCCGUCAAGAGCCCACCACCGGUUCAGACGACAUUCAACCUGAGGUAA